AUGGAAAAAGAUAUUCGAGACCAUAGCAAUGAGAGAAACGAGUCCAGGGAAGAAAAGGAAGUGCGAGAAGAAACUAAAGACCUUGAACGUGGUUCGACGCCUUCCGAAAAAGCCGCCCAGCUAGACGAAGAUACCCCCGAGACUCGAGACCCCAAUCUGGUGGACUGGAAUGGCCCUGAUGAUCCCCAGAACCCAAUGAAUUGGCCCCUCAGCAGGAAGCUGGUCAUCACAGUUACCAUUUCGGUCAUAACGUUACUGACACCACUGGGUUCGUCCAUGUUUGCCCCUGGAGUGCCAGAUGUUAUGCAGGAUUUCAAAUCCGACAACAUAUACCUCGCCUCAUUCGUUGUAUCUGUCUACCUCCUUGGCUACUGCUUUGGUCCAUUGUUGAUCGCUCCGCUGUCGGAGAUGUACGGCCGCACACCACUCUACAACGCUUGUAAUAUUCUCUAUACUAUCUUCAGCGUUGCUUGUGCCGUUGCGCCUAAUAUGGGAGGCUUGAUCAUUUUUCGCUUUUUUGCGGGACUGGCGGGUAGUUGUCCCUUGACCUUGGGUGCUGGUUCGCUGGCAGAUAUGAUCCCAAAAGAGAGGCGAGGCGCUGCGAUGGCCGCAUGGGCUUUAGGACCGUUGUUAGGGCCGGUCAUUGGCCCAGUUGCUGGUGGAUACUUGACUCAGGCCAAAGGAUGGCGAUGGACCUUCUGGGUAUUAGCUAUUGCGGGCGGAGCCGUGAGCGUGAUUUCACUAAUCUUCAUGCGCGAGUCUUAUGCCUACGUUCUUCUUGAUCGUAAGGCUAAACGUCUACGAAAAGAAACAGGGAACGAAAACCUGCGGUCUGUCUUAGACACCGGAAGAUCACCCAAAGAUCUAUUCAUCUUUUCUAUCGUGCGACCUACAAAAAUGCUCUUUCUAUCUCCCAUCGUCUUCCUGUUAUCGCUUUAUGUUGCUAUAAUUUACGGUUAUCUGUACCUGCUCUUCACCACCAUGACCGAUGUUUUCGAAGGCCAAUAUGGCUUUUCACAGGGUUCCGUUGGCCUGGCCUAUUUGGGUAUCGGUUGUGGAUCUAUCAUAGGACUCUUCGUCUGCGGUAUGGUGUCAGACCGCCUGCUCCAAUAUCUGACCAAGAAGAACGGUGGUGUUGCAAAGCCAGAAUAUCGGCUUCCACCCAUGUUCAUCACCGCCUGGACUGUUCCGCUCGCUCUUUUCUGGUAUGGUUGGACGGCAGAAAAACAUGUUCAUUGGAUUUUGCCUAUCCUGGGGACAGCUUGUCUCGGGGUAGGAAUGCUUAUGGCCUUUAUGUGUACCUCCACCUACCUUGUCGACGCCUAUACGAUUUAUGCUGCUUCGGCAGUGGCAGCCAAUACCGUCUUCCGAUCCCUGCUCGGAGCGCUCCUCCCCCUUGCCGGAAACAAAAUGUACGACAGUCUAGGCCUCGGUUGGGGUAACUCUGUACUCGGAUUUAUUGCACUUGCACUCGCUCCGUUGCCUUUCGUAUUUUAUAGUUACGGCGAACGGAUACGGAACAGCAAGUUGUUCCACGUGGAGUUCUAGGAGAAUUUUAGAGUUCAUGCGGGGUUUAGCGGGCAUAAUUGGCAAAAAUAGGGUAUUUAGCA